UUUAUACUUUCUUUAGCAAAAAUUGGAGGGGCUACACUGUCAUACUAAAAUUGGAGGGAUUCAAGGUUGAUUUAGAUAUAUUGAUCUCAUAAGCAGCGGUGCACUGGCCGUAUAGCCAUGAUCGAUCAUGACUGCUUGUGGCAAGACAUGAUAAUUGCGAGUCCAGAGUAUUCAUCUACAUCAGGUUCUCGGUGUUCUCGUGUUGUCUGAUUUUGGGUUUCAUUCUUUUCAUUGGCUUCUUUUACGGGUGUACUUGCCCGGCGUUUUGGUCCGGUGUUCUGUGGCCGAGGUGUCUUCUUCGUUCAUUCUUUGAACGGCUGUUUCUGGUACUGUGGGUUACGUCAUUGUUUGGUUACUUUCAUUGUUUUGCUUCGUGAGUUUGUUUGCUGCAAGUGAGCUUGUUGUGGCUUGAGUUACUGCAGGCCGUAACUUGGUGGUUGUUUUUAUGCUUCUGUGGAGUUUUAUUUCGUCAACAUGGAUAUGUUAGUUGAUCGCCAUGGUCAUCUACAAUUGGAGAAGGAAGAUGACAAACUGGUGGAUAUAUUGCUGCUAGAUGAGAGCGGGAGGGAAGAGCUGGAUGGGGGAUUAUCCGAGUGGUCUCUAGUCGGUACUGUUUUUAUAGAGAAGAGAGUCAAUUUUCUGUCGUUUAGGGACACAAUGGCUUCUGUUUGGAGACCGGGCAGAGGUGUCUCAAUCAAAGAAAUAUGCGAUAAGAGGUAUAUUUUCUCUUUUUAUCAUGAAAUUGAUAUGAAGCGUGUCAUAGAGUAUGGUCCAUGGUUGUAUGAUCACAAUCUUGUGGUGUUGUGUGAGCUCAAGCUAGAUGAUGUGCCUUUGAAAGUUCCUCUAUUUUUUUUUUUGGAUUUUUGGGUCCAAGUGCAUUACUUGGCUGUAGGUCACUUGAAUCUUGGAUGUUUCAUUAAACUUGACAAAAAUCAAGUUGAGGGACGUUGGAGAGCCUACUUGAGGAUUCAGGUCCGUUUGAAUAUUAGCAAACCGCUCAAGAAAAAUUUAAAGGUUCAAAAAAUGAAUGAGGAUUGUCUAUGAGUAGAUAUGAGAUAUGAGAAACUUCCAAAGUUCUGUUUUGCUUGUGGCUUUAUUGGUCAUGGAAACAAAUUUUGUCCCCAAACUCUAGGACUACCAAAUUCGGAACACAUAAGAGAAUAUGGGCCGUGGAUGAGGGCUAGUAGUGGGCGUACUAGUAGAGGGGGAGGUAGCAAGUGGCUUGUUGAUGAGAAAGCAAUUAAGCAGGGAUUUGGCACUAUCGUGGGAAUGGAGAUGUCUACAUCGGCUAUGGAGACAUGGGUUCUAGUUCUGUUUUUUUUGCAGGUGAGAUGAAGAAUCCACGGAGCCCAGAUAAAAGAGUAAAGGCUGCUGAACAAAAACGCCGUCGGGUGGAGGUGGAAUCAUCAUCUGCAUGCACAUUGAUGGAGAUUGAAACCUGUUGCAGAAAAACAGGGUUGGGGCAAGUCCUGGACAACAGGCUCGCCCGGCCAAGCCAAACAAUGGGGACGAGGGGGCGCUGCACUCCAGCCUCGUUGGAUGAUCUGAUGCUGAUUUCGGGUUUUUUAGUUGAGAAACUUAUUUACUCCUUUUGUUUUGCUUUAUUUAUUUCCCAUGUUCUGGAUGUUGUUUUUGUUUUAGUUGUGCUGCGUUUUUCCAGCAAAAAAACUUGUGAAACUAAAACAGGGGAUGAAGAGUCGUGUCUGCAAGUCAUAGGCCCAGGUAAGCCCAAAGCGGGAUUAGCGAAUUAUAUGGCUUCUACGGAGGUGAUUAAUUCAGAGUUUGGUCCUUGGGCGGACGGUAGACGGAGACUUGUUAUCACUUUGUAACUUGUUUUGGUUUGGUCCGUUUGGUUUGUUUGGUUAUAAUAAGUUAAGCUAGUUUCGUUAAAAAAAGAUAUAUUGAUCUCAUACUAUAAUACUCUCUCUGUAC